AACAUCUCAACAGAGACACUCACUUGUGCAGCUCCUGUUGCCGAAGAGAGCCAGCAUGACCCUUCACAACCUGUACGCCUUCCUACUUUGUGUUGCACUGCUCCACCUCAGUCAAGUGUCAAGCCGCCGGGGAGAUGACGCAGCCUCGGACUGCUGCCUGGACGUUAGCAACAAGGUCAUUCCCAGGCGGAUCGUGACCGGAUACAAGGUGCAGAGCGAAGUGUUCGGCUGCCGGAUCCCAGCUAUAGUCUUCACCACGGUGAGAAACAGAAAAUUGUGCGCUCCGCACACCGCACACUGGGUGAAAAGGCUGAUGAGGUGGUGCGACAGAGUCCACAGCUCCAGUGGACAGUAGAAGAAAGCACAGUGCACAGGCUGAAUUGAGAGGGGACGUAGAAGUAUCGCGGCCCUCAUCGGGAACCAACAUAGUCUACAGCAUCUUUCAUCUUCACCUGUGUUGUGAGAAGCUCUCUCAGACAAUCCCGUGCCAAUGUGAAUGUACUUCUAUCUGCUUGGAAAAUAUAAUCCCAGUCCCAUUCCUGGAGCAACACUUCAUAAUGACUUGCUGGCUCGUAACACCCAAACGUGAAUGGGGCAAUGCUUUUCUCUGGCUCCUGUUGGCUUGUAAUAUCUAUAGUUCAGUAUAAUCCCUAUCAAUGAGGAAUAUGGACGGCCAUAUGACCAUAAUGUAUCGAAGCAGAAUUAGGCCAUUCAGCCCAUUAAGUCUAUGCCACCAUUUGAAUUUUAUUUGGAGACUGCACAGUAGCAGGGCCUCUCAGCCCAACGAGCCUGUGCAGCCUCCUGUGAAAAGAUAACAUACUAACCCAUAUAUCUUUGGAAUUGAGAGGAAACCUAAACAUGUUCUGGGUAUAACACACAAGCUCCUUCCAGACUGCGGCAGAAUUGAACCUGGGUCACUGGCGUUGUAAUAGUAUUAUGCUAACCAUUAUGCUACUGUGUUGCCCCUCAGUUUUCUGACCCCACCUUCUGUCCGUAGCCCUUCACCUACUUACCAAACAAGAACCUAUCAAUCUCUGCCUUAAAUACGCCCAGUGUCUUGGCCUCCACAGCCAUCUGUGGCAAUGAAUUCCACAGAUACACCACCCUCAGGCUGAAGAAAUUCCUCCUCAUCCCAGAAGUUGUAGAGUGCUGCAUCGUGAAAAUAGGCCCUACGGCCCAUCUGGUCCAUGCUGGCCAAGAUGUCCCAUCCAAACUAGUCCCCAUUGCCAGCAUUUGGCCCAUAACCUCCUAAAGUUUUCAAAUCCAUGUAGUGUACCUGUGCAACUGUCUUUUAAAAGCUAUUAUCGCACCUGCCUUUGGCUGCUCGGUCCACAUGGAGUCCACCCUCACAGGGAAAAAAAAAUCUCCUCAAGUUCCAAUUAAAUUUUAUUCCUCUCCCCUUUAGUUCUUGACACUCCCACCCUGGUGAAAAAGGCUGAGAACAUUCACCCUAUCCCUGCCCCUCAUGAUUUUACACACCUCGAGAAGGUCAUCUCAGUCUCCAACACUCCAACCUGUCAAACCUCCUCCUAUUACUCAGGUCCUGGCAGCAUCAUUGUAAAUCUUUUCUGCACUCUUCCCAGUUUAUUGAACAUCUGACAGCUCACUGUACGUGACUGGAAGGGGAGGUCCAGGCACAGGUCGAUGCGACUAGACACAACCAUAAUUCAGCACAGACUAAGUGGGCCAAAGGGACUGUUUAAUAUAGAACGCAGAACACGAUUGUAUAGCGUAUUUCCAAUAGCAGGGUGACCAAAACUGAACGCAAUGCCUCAAGUGCAGCCAUGCAUUUGUGAAGUGAUUAAGUUAUCUGGACAAGUUCAUUGUCUGAUGGAAUAGAUUUCUGAACUUCUUCCCAUUGAAUGGUUGUAACUGAAUUAAUAUCUUAGUCCAAGUGUCCCUGAUCCCCAGACCGGAAGAUCAGUCAGAACCCAGACCCAUAAAGAAGAGAACCAAUGUUCCUGAAGUUGGUUUGAAUGUCACAGCAAAUAUUUCAGGAAGAUGCCAGGGGUGAUGAGUCCAACAUGCAAGAGCAGAUGGAGUCAUGGGUCAGAGGUUCUGUGUCCAGGGAUAUCAAUCCUAAAAUGGAAUUUUCUAGAAAUAUGCUUCUGGAAAUCCCCUCAGUUUGAUCAACUUUAAAUGUAGCUGUUUACUUUUUUUGUAUUUUUCUACAUGUGAAAUAAACACUUCACACUUACUUUCACAGAUCAGAAGUCAUGUAUCUUCUUCUGGCUUGCUAAUUUGAAUAAACAAGUUAAAGGCA